AAAAAUCUCGCAAAUUGAGUAAUUACGAUCAAUCAGUUGCUGACAUCAAUGAGGCAGUCAAAUACCUCAAAACGGAACCGAAUCCGAGCGUCAGGAGCUACGCAGAGGCGAACAAUCUUUCUUACCAGCAGCUUCUACGCGCCUACAAAGGCGGCCACAACAAGAAAACACGCCCUAAAACAAGUCCUCUAUUAACCGACGGUUAAGAGCUAGCUCUUGAGCGGUUUCUUGAUACAAUUAACGAUAUUAGCUUUAGUAUACACAAGGAUCUAGUCGGCCAGUACUAUAACAAGAUCCUCGAGGCGGCACAUAAGGGGUCGGGCGAGCCCCCACAAUGUGGCAAACAAUAGGGUUGGCGCUGGCUUAGGGCUCAUCCAAAGUAUCGUCUAAUGUAAUCAAAGUCGUUUAAGAUUCAGAGAAAGCUUACGCAACAACCAGAGGUGAUUCAAAAGUGGUUUAACAAGCUUGAAACCAUAUGCAAGCGCCUGGAGAUUACCCUAAGGAUACCUGGAACAUGGAUAAGUAUGGCUGUCAAAUAGGAGUUGCAAAGAAUUAGUACGUGUUUUCUAGGCAUGGGAGACAA